CAUUACUUGCUCGAGCAAAUAAUAUUUAAACAAAAAUAAAAUGUAUACUAUCUUACGUUUGAAUAAGGUUCAAACUCGCGUUAUAACUUUGGGUGAUCCAUUGAACUGUAGUUCUGAAGUGAUAGUUGUUAUAACAGGAGGUCCUGGGAUCCCAGAGUUCUAUAAGGAAUUUGCUGAACAACUGUAUAGGACCACUCAAAAACCCGUUUGCAUUAUUGGUCACGCCGGACACGAUGUAUUCGAAAACCAAAACGAAACUAAUGAUCUCAAAGAAUCUUGGUCCUUAUACAACUGCGAUGGACAAAUACAACAUAAACUGGACCUUAUCAACAACUACAUUGAUAAGAGAGCCAAGCUGCAUCUGAUUGGACACUCGAUAGGAGGCUGGCUACUAAUGGAACUACUACACAAGAAUGACUAUCUACAAAAAAGGAUCUUAUCCGUAAACCUAUUAUUUCCAACGCUACAAAAGAUCGCAUCAACAAAAAAUGGCAAACUCGUAAACAAUCUCGUGAGAUAUCUCCACAGAAUUAUACUUUUAAUCUUGUUUAUUAUGCAGUUGUUCCCAACGAUUACGAUUCUAGGUGUAAAAUUAUUUUUGUUCUUGAAUUCUUUACCUCCAUAUUAUGAGAAGCGGAUAAUGAUUUAUCUGAACCCGGUGCUGCAGGAGAAGGCGAUGUUGUUAGCUUACGAGUCUAUGGAGAGAGUACACGAGCUAAAUGUUCAGGCUAUUAAGAAAGUGCAGCACAUGGCUAAUGUAUUAUACAGUACGGAUGAUAGAUGGGUACCAAUGCAUCAUAUACGCGAUUUACAAAAGUUCACUCCGCAGAUUGCGUUCCACGAAGUAAAUGUGGAACACGCUUUCGUAUUAAAAUCUUCAGUUUACGUCGCUACGAUUGUCGGCAAUUUAAUUGUUAAGGAUAAUUUGUGUUAUAAAAAACUUGGUCUAAUUAAUGAAAAUGUUGAUUUCUGUGAUUAUGAAACCAGUUAUACAAAAGAUAGAAAAUAAAACC